AUGGCCACAGACUCUCCGAGAAAAGGAAACAAAUCAACUAGGUUAAUUAUAAGGCCCCAACCGAUAAGUGAUAAAUCAGUCAUGGAAAGUGUGGUUGACUUCUUUCAAGAUUUCGUGAGUUUCAACAUUUUUCAAACUCUGACAAAAGCACCAGUUGACAAAGAAAAAGUGUUAUGGGUUCAGUUUGAAAAUUUUCCAUUCUCUGAGCUACCAAAGAAGUAUAAGCAGUUUUAUGGCACAUAUGUAGAGAAUUCGGUACCUUUGAUUUUGGUAGUGGGAUACACAAAUGGAGUCCAUGUUUGGCUCAUCAUGGAAGGAGGUGAGGCCCAAGAAGUGAUAUCGUUAAGGCAGGGACCCGUAAGGAACCUUAAAUUUCUUCCAAAUCCUGCUGAUGCCACUCAGAAUGACAUUCAAGGCAGCAAAAGGCCCUUAAUAGCACUAACAGAUGCAUGCAGCAGUACUGGCCGACACUACUGCACAGUAAAAUUUAUAUCUAUGGUUACCGGGGAGGAGGUGUUUGCUGUCGAGUACGACCAUCCAAUUGUGGACAUUAAAUGUAACAAUAGAGUAAUAGCAGUAGCACUGGUUGGAAAGAUAUCAGUGCUGGAUGCAAGAGAUUUUAAGCAGAAGUUUCUUAUAAAGGGAGGCGGGGUACUGGAGGAGGGCAGCCAGACGUACACUGCCACCUUCAUACACGCUGCUAAGAGUUUGAAGAAAGGAAUCACGGUAUUGGGCGAAACACUGGCCAGCAGUGUCGUGUCUAGCCAACCAGCGGCUAACGAGCCGAAAAAAAUUCCGCCCACUCAACCUCCUGGCAGCCAAUCAGAGAGCAAAGCUGGGGUAAUUAGCAUAAUAGACGUCAUGGGUGUCUCUGGCAAAGAGGUGCUCAUCAAUGACGACUGGUGUGGCGAUGGACUUGUUGCCCAUUUUAUCGCCCACGUGAAUGACCCCGUGACCUCCGUGACCUUUGACCCGACAGGUCAACUACUGCUCACUACCGAUUCUCAAGGAAGAUUUUUUCACAUCUUUAAGAUAUUAGGUCACCCGUUUGAUUCCAGCCUGUCCACCGUUUAUCACCUGUACAUACUCAAGAGGGGUGAGACCACAGGGAAGAUCCAGUCAACGUGCUUCACGUUCGACAGUCGCUGGGUGGCGGUGACGACGGUUCACGGCACGACCCACGUCUUCCCCAUCUCGUGCUACGGGGGGGGCCCUGCCACUAAACGGACCCACAUGUCGCCCAGGGUCGUUUCUCAGUCCAGUCGCUUCCAACAGAGCGCAGGUCUCGAUGACACCAAGGAGCAUCUGAGGAGAGCAAGCGGAAGUUCUGGAGUUGGGGGGAGGGAUAGCCCUGGAAUUUUGAUGGGGGCUGCUGCGGCCGUAGCUGCUUGUAACACUCCUAGCGCUAGUCCAGCUCACAAAGCACAAGAACGACAGAAGCAGCAACAGCUGCAACUGCUGCUCAACAAUUUCAACAACUCCCGCUUGGCUCCCUAUCCUCAACCAAUCACGAUCAAUCCAGCUGUACAAAUCCGCCAAUCAUAUCUCUUCAUCGAUCCUGGCAUUGUUUCCAUGUCGACAGCUAGUAACGCGGCUUCAUCGUCGACGACCUUAUCAACCUCGUCGACGUCUGCGUGUCGAAAAAUUUCACCUGAACCAGUAAAUGUGGCGUGCUGCUUUGCGACGAGCAGAGUGCUCAACAUGGGCAGUCCAUCAGUUUCCAGGGAGCGUUUGAAUGAACUACAGCUGCCACCACUGGAUUCCUUGUACAUAACAACAAGCAUGGGAGUUCUGACUGAAUACAUGCUGACUGUGAAGCCGAAGGCCACCACUACAGACAAGAUUCCUGACGACUCCCCCAUCGAGGUCCAAGCAGUGCCCAAACUGCAGUGGAGUUUAUCCAGAUAUCUAUCAAUGAGUGAAGUUGGUCUGCCACUGUCGCCAAGCAGUCCCUUGCUAUCAUGCAAUCCUCAGAGAGAAAAGCAGAAAUCAAGGCCUGAAUCGCUUCACCCACAGCAACGACAGAAACAACAGCAGCAGCAACAUCAACAGCAGCAGCUGCUGCAGCAGCAGCAGCAACGAACGAAGUUGCACAGCAUCAGUGGACCAAUCCUCAUGCCUGGACAGAAGAAAAUUAUCGAAGACUCGUGCGAAGAAGAAUGGCCCUCUCAGGUUGAGAUGGUAACACACGCUCCACCUCACCGCUAUCUCUGGAUGGGACCUCAGUUCACUUUUAAACCUUAUGUUGAGACUUGUCCGCCGUCUUCUUUUGCAGACGACGACGUCGGUGGCGACGAUGGCGGCGUCGGGGCCGAUGUCUUCAACGUUCGACAUCUAAGCUCUUUACAGAAAAAAUCUCAGCGGGUAAAAGUAUCAGCAGCAGCAGCAGCAACCACAGUUGCUACUGUUACUACCACCUCAUCACUGCAGCCGUCGUCUUCAUCGUCGUCGUUAGUCCUGACGAGCAGAGCAAGAGGGAAUAGUGAAUCCCAUCCAACUUCUUAUAAAAAUUAUCUCGAAACUGGUAGCUAUCCUGACCAGUCAGGUUUCAACACCCGAUGGUUUGACACCGCCUUCUUCGGUCAACUGACCAAUGAGAGUCGAGAAGCUGAGGAACGAAUCAGAGCCAGUUUAGAAGAGGCCAUACAAGAUGAAGCCGUGGUUGGUGCCCCUUGUUCUUCUGUGGGCGGUCCUACGUUAGCCCCGCCCCCUUUACCGACCAGUUACGAUAAUGAUGACGACGGUGACGACGAUGAUGUUGCAGUUGUCGGUGUUGAUGAUGAUGUUGUUGCGUAUGAUGACGUCGCCUAUGAUGAUGAGGAUGAAUAUGAGUAUGAUUAUUACCGGCGCAACACGAAGGACUCUGUAUAAAAUUAACUAACCGCACAUAAAUAUUUGUCUGUCUGUCUCUUUGUCUGUCUGUCUGUCUGUGUGAUUUUGUAUGCUUUUUUUGUGUGCAUCUAUUUUGUUUCUUUGUUUUUCUGCUUAUUUUUUGCUUGUUUUUAUAUUUGUAUGUCUGCACUGUGUAUCUUAUUCUGGUUCAAUCAUUUGAAAAAAAUGUUUGUAUGAAUGAAUGAGUGAACGAAUGAAUGAAUGAACGAACGAACGAAUGUAUGAAUGAAUGAAUAAAUAAAUAAAUUAAUUACUUCGUAGCGUAUUGGUGAGUUAACAAAUGAAUCAACCAACUUCUUAAUUAAGAAUUAGCUGAUUGAAAUGGAUGUAUAAUAUUUUUCCAACAUUUUUUAUUUUGUCAAUUGUACAGUAAAACCUUGCAAAUAUAUAUUGCUUAUUGUGAAUUCGUUUUUUUUGUUUGUUUU